UGAUAUAUUUUUUUUUCUUCUCCGUGACAAUAAUCAAGUUGGAAUUUAUCAACCACAAACACACACACGCAAGCUAACCUAAAAAAAAAAAAAGACUAGCCCAUGUGACGUGAAAAUAAUAGUAAUAAUAAUAAUAAUAAAAACACAAAGUGAGUAAACGAAAUUGAAAAAAAAAAAAAAUUAACAACAACGACUUACACGUGUUGUAUGUGUAUGUGGAUGUACAAGUGUUUAUGUGUGUGAUUUUUUAGUUGAGAACUUUGAACCGCUUAUUGCGGAUAAAAUCAUUCAAAAUUCGGGUUAAGAACAGAGAACCGUUGCCAUCGUACGCGAUGGAGACGGGUGAUGAGUAUUCUGAUAUGUCAACUCCAGUUGUUGUUGGUGCUAAUGGUAAUGGUGGUGGUGGUGGUGUUACAAUACCAAAUAUACCAACUGAACAUCAUGGACAUGCAUCUGACAGUAGUCUGUCACAUCAAGAAGAAGAUACAUCUGAUCCAGAUCUUCAAGAUGAAGAAAGUGGUGAAGAAUUACCACAACAACCACUUCAUGAUACAAAACAUUCAAUAAAUGAUCAUUUAUCAACACCAACAAAUAUGACACCAAUGUCACAUUUGAGUAAUUUUAUGGCACAAAAUCAAAAUUUUUUGUCAAAAUUAAAAAUGGAGCCAAAUGACUUGGAGAUGACUGCAUAUCAAAAACAUCAACAACCAAAUAUUGAAGCACUUCAAGCAGCACUUAGCAAUAUAAGUAAUGGAAAUUUUAAUUUACCAUUUACAUUUCCACAACCAGCAGCAUAUUUAAAUCAUCCUAAUAAUCAACCCCAUACAAUUGGAAGUGGUGGUAAUGGUAACGGUGGUAACGGUGGUAGCGGUGGUAACGGUGGUAACGGUGGUAGUGUUAAUAAUAGUGGUGUUUGUCAAAGUGCAAAUAAUCCAUUACCAUCAUCAGCAAGUUCACAUUCAAGUGAAUCAUCACAAGGAUCAGCAAGAAAUAUAAGUGAUGCACGUGAAGGUACAAGUGGUUCACAAAAUAAUAAUGGUUCACAACAACAAUCAAAUUGGAGUUUUGAAGAGCAGUUCAAACAGCAAUACAGUGAGUUGAACAUGUCUACAAAAUACGGAAAUAUGUUUGAGCCAACAGAAGCAUGGAAUAAUUCUAAAAAACUACCUAAGGAUGUACCAAAUAAUCCGGAAGAAGUUUCGACGGAGCUCAAACAACAGUUGUACGAGAUUAAUGAUGACCCAAAACGCAAAGAAUUUCUUGAUGAACUCUUCAGUUUCAUGCAAACACGAGGUACACCAAUUAAUAGACUUCCAAUAAUGGCUAAAUCAGUGCUGGAUUUAUAUGAAUUGUACAAUUUAGUUGUCAUACGAGGUGGUCUUGUUGAAGUUAUCAAUAAAAAAUUAUGGCAAGAAAUUAUCAAGGGACUUCAUUUGCCAUCAAGUAUAACAUCAGCUGCUUUCACACUUCGUACACAAUAUAUGAAGUAUCUUUAUCAUUACGAGUGUGAAAAGAAAAAUUUUUCAUCACCUGGUGAAUUACAAUCGGCUAUUGAUGGAAACAGACGUGAAGGAAGACGUAGUAGUUACACAGCAUAUAACGGAGGCGGUGGAGGUGGAGGAGGAGGUGGAGGAGGUGGUGGUGGUCCUGAUAGUAUGAUGCAACGUAAUUCACACAGUCUUCAUGCACAAAUGUCACCACUUGCACUAGUUGGUGGACAACAUCUAAGUCAACAAUCAAUGGUUAAUGGAGGUGGUGCACAUGCACCAAUGUCACAUCAUCCACAUCAUCAAGGAAUACCUGGACAAUCACCAUUUCCAGGAAUGACAGGAAUGAGUGGAAUGACACCAGAAAUGGAAUCACAAAUGUUGGAAUAUUUUAAAAUGAUUAGUGCAUCAGCUGAAAUGCAUCGUAUGAAUGCUGCUGUUGCUAAUUCAUCACCAAUGAUUAAUAGACAAGGCAGUACAUCACCAUUAUCAAAACAAUCACCACCAGAUAUACGCAAUUUACCAUUAUGGAAUUUAUAUAAUAAUAAUAAUAUAUAUACUGGUUUUCAACAAACACAAAUGUCACCAGUAGCACCAAAUUCACCAGAACAAGAACGAACACCUGAACCACAAAGAGAAGCACUUGAUCUUGGUUUAAGAACAUCACCAACAUCAACUGUACAAAGACCACCAUCAGUACCUCAUACAUUACAAGUUAAAAAAGAUUUAAUGCGUAAAUCAAAUAAACGUUUACAUUCUGAUGAUGAAAAUAUUACUGAAACACCAACAACAUCAAUACCUGGUACACAUAUUAAAAUAACUAAUGGACAAAAUGGUGAAUCUUCACUUGUUGUUAGUAUGGAAUUAAAUGGUGUUGUAUAUGAAGGUGUUUUAAUGGCACAAACUGAUAGGCGAGCCAAUAAUAAUUCAACAAAUAACAGAGGUAAUUCAAAUGGAUAUUAA